AUGGUUAACAAUGUCACAUUUCUCAAUCUCCAAAUAAGCAAGGUCAAAAACCCUAUCAUCAUUGAUCAAAUGUAUUGCCUCAACUCUUGCGGUUCAAAUGAUGAAAUGAGUAAGUCAAGAGUGCAGAUUAAAGAUGUGAGAUAUGAAGGCAUAAGGGGGACUUCAAAUACCCAAGUGGCAGCAUUAAGUAGAGCAUGGAGUGAAGCAUGUGGAAAUAAUGGAGGUGGUGUGGUUUUAAUACCAGCACUAGGGAGGUUCUUAGUUUUGCCAUUGCUGCUUCAAGGUCCAUGCCAUGGCUUCAUUCGUAUACAGUUUGAUGGCGAACUGUUGGCUCCAACGGAUAACCAUUUUGCCACCGGCAACUACUGGCUUAGUAUCAACCAAGUCAACAACUUGUUCAUCGAUGGUUUAGGUCGCUUGAAUGGUCGUGGUUCUACCGCUUGGUAUUACAAAUCCGCUAAUCGUCCUAUCUCUAUGAAACUCAAUAAUAUCAACACUGCAAGAAUCAGGAACAUAAAAUCGUACAAUAGCAAACUCUUCCAUUUCGCUAUGCAUGGAUGUCAUGAUGUCACAUUUGAUCACGUUACAAUGAUAGCUCCAGCGAACAGCCCUAAUACAGAUGGAAUCCACAUUUCAUCGUCGAGUGGUAUCAACAUCAUGCAUUCAAUGAUUGGCACAGGAGAUGACUGUAUCUCCUUAGGUCCUGGAAGUAAAUUCAUCAACAUAACCAAUGUCCGGUGUGGUCCUGGCCAUGGAAUCAGCAUCGGUAGCCUCGGAAAGUACCCAAACGAAGAAGACAUCUUUGAAGUCACAGUAAGAGACUCCACAUUCAUUGGCACGUCCAACGGUGUGAGAAUAAAAUCAUGGUUGUCUUCGUAUUCAAGCAUGGUUAGCAAGGUCACAUAUAUGAAUCUCCAAAUGAAUAAUGUCAAAAACCCUGUCCCCAUCGAUCAAAUGUACUGUCCCGACUCUUGCGGUCCAAAUGCAAUGAGUAAGUCAAGAGUACAUAUUAAAGAUGUGAGAUAUGAAGGCAUAAGGGGGACUUCAAAUACCCAAGUGGCUGUAAAUUUUGAAUGUAGCCAAGUUUUUCCAUGUGAAGGCAUAGGGUUGCAAGACAUUAACCUUCCUUUCAAUGGUGGUGGAAAUUCAACUUCUCGUUGUCAUAAUGUUAGGGGUUCUACUUUUGGGCAACAAUUACCUCCCUCUUGCCUAUAG